GCUACAGCGCGUCUCCGGACUCAAGGGCACCUGGUCGGCUGAAGGAGCAGAAAGGACCUAAACUUAAAGACUCCUGGUGCAAAAGAAGAAAGUAGUCAACCUGUUCUAGCUGUGUCAAGUGAAGACCUUUACCAGCACGUUUUCACUGCAGUGUUGCAGGUUUAAAACCCGCUGGGGAUUGCUGCACUUGAGAAAGUUCCUAAGAGUCCUCUAAAACAACCAUGGACCAAGCAAGGUCGACAAUAUCUAAAAUUUUCAACGGAGAGCCGCACUCGUACACGCGGUUCAACCUGACGCAGAACAUGGAGGGCGACAACAGCCACGUGGAGAUGAAGCUGUCCUCCGACAUCGACGAGGAGGCUGGUGGAAACGGAGUGGGCGGACACCUCAACCACGCCGCCAGCAGCAAACCCUACAUCAGCCAAAAACUGGGACGAACGCCCAAGAACCUCUGCUUCACGGCGGCAGCGGUCUUCCUCAUCUUCAUCAUUGGCUUCUUGAUCGGCUACGCGGUUUCUCAGAAAAAGGAGCAGGCUCCUGUCUGUGCUGCCUCCGUCUCCACUGCUGACACCACCUACACCCACGAGACCGGCGCCGCCCCCCUCAUGGACUGGGACGAUGUCAAACGCCUCUUCGUUCAGAAACUCACCCCUGCCAAAUUAGAAAAGACCUUCAGUGAUUUUUCUAAAGAGGACCACAGGGCGGGCUCUCCUGGAGAUGAAGAACUCGGCAACAAGGUGAUGGACUACUUCAACCUCUUUGGCAUGACCACCUGGACAGACGAGCACUUUAUCAAGGUUCACGACCCCCCAGCUUCUGGCUUCAACAGAAUUCUCUUUAAGGACGGAACAGAGGAGCGUCCUAAGGGUUUUCUGUCCUACAGCGCCACUGGAUCCGUGACGGGUGGGGCGCUUUAUGCUCAUUACGGCCAAGAGAGUGAAUUCAGGCUACUGCUUGACAAGAAUAUCAACAUUAGUGGCCGAGUCCUGUUGAUCAGGACCGGAAAGAUCAGCUUUGCCGAGAAGGUAGCUAACGCCGCCAAAAUGAACGCCUCUGCUGUGCUGAUCUACCCGGACUCCGCAGAUACCUCCAUCGACGAAAACACAGAACUUUAUGGACAUGUCCACUUGGGUACCGGCGAUCCGUACACCCCAGGCUUCCCCUCCUUCAACCACACGCAGUUCCCUCCUGUGCAGUCGUCAGGCCUGCCUUCCAUCCUGGCUCAGACGAUCACACGCGCCAUGGCAACCAAAAUUCUGGGUAAGCUUGGGGGUCAGAAUCUCCCACAAGGAUGGGGUGCUUCUAAGAAGCUGGGAGAUGAGGGCGACAGCAUCACCGUACAGGUCAACAACGUUCUGGCUGAGAAGAAGAUCCAUAACGUCUUCGGGGUCAUCAAAGGCUUUGUGGAUUCUGACCGCUACGUGGUCAUAGGUGCCCAGAGGGACGCUUGGGGCCCAGGCUUUGCCGCUUCAACUGUCGGCACCAGCGUCCUCGUUGAGCUGGCACGCUCCAUCUCUGACAUGGUGAAGAACGAUGGAUUUAAACCAAGAAGGAGCAUUGUGUUUGCCAGCUGGAGUGCUGGAGAAUAUGGCAGCGUUGGCGCCACCGAGUGGCAGGAGGGAUAUCUGUCAUCUCUGAGCAUGAAGGCUUUCUCCUACAUCAACCUGGAUGGAAUUGUUGCUGGUCGUAAUGGGUUUAAAGUGGCAGCCAGCCCCUUGAUGUAUAGCUUCAUUGAGAAUGCUUUGAAAGAGGGGUACGGCAAGGACUCGUCGCUCUAUAAUCUGUACGGAAAGAAGGACUGGGAAUUAGAUCUCAUGGAGCCGAUGAAGCUGGACGAUGCUGCGUAUCCUUUCCUCGUCUUUUCUGGCAUUCCGUCCGUCUCCUUCAGAUUCACCUACAGUAACUCUGAUUACCAUUACUUUCGGACAAUACAGGACACCCGACAGAAACUGAACGCUGCCACGUCCAACCAGGUCGCUGAGGUGGCUGUGACUGCAGGUCGCUUUGCAGGUCACAUCGCGCUGAGGCAGGUUCACGACCACCUGCUGCAGAUGGACCUGAUGAGGUACAACAAGAUUAUACGCACUCAAGUGGCGAAGAUCAACGGAAAGGUCAAAGAGAUUAAGAGGAUGCAGCCUCAGCUGCUGCCCUCAGCCCUGACAGUGCAGUGGCUGAUGUCCGCCUCGGGCUCCUACAGCCGCGCCGCUCGCAGUCUGGAAAGUGACAUCCAGAACAGUGACCUGGAGGACAUCCAGAUGUGUCGCCUCAUCAACGACCGCAUCAUGACGGUGGAAAAGAACUUCCUGUCCCCCUACAUUUCUCCCAGAGAGAGCCCCUUUCGCCACAUCCUGCUGGGCUCCGGCCCCCACACCCUCAAAGCUCUAGCCGACCACCUCGACGCCCUCAAGACGGACGACCCUGAAGCUGACGCCGACCUGUUCCGCAGCCAGUUCGCCAUGACGACCUGGACCAUCCAGGGCUGUGCCAACUCCCUAGCUGGAAACAUCUGGUCUCUGGAUAAUGAAAUCUAAAGACGGACAUGGAAUGUCUCCUCCUGCCCCUUUGCCCUGCUCCUGAGUGAUUUGAAUUUGAAAUGAACCAGAUAAAGGAGGGGGGAGCAUUCAGUUUGCCUCAUGUCUUUGCUAAAGCCAAACCGCCUUAAAAAAUACAAGAUCGAUCAUUUCUAAUUGAAAAAAGAAUCUGAAAAAACGUAGCGACUUUCGUUAAACACACAUAUUCUGCAGCAGUUCAACUAAAAUGAGUGGAGAACGCGGUAUUGAACCACCAUGGAAGUGAACACUAAGGUGCAGAACGGGGCGUCUGCUGUCUGCCUCCACAGCCCCAUGAUCCUUUUCUCUCUUUUCACGCCAUAUGGGCUCUGGAAAAACAGCUGAUUGCUUUCAGAAGGUGCUGAAAGGGCCCACAGGUUUUCACAACUGCGUCCGUCUCUCCGUGCAGCCCGUUCUUCACUGAUCUGUAGCGGCCUCGCACAAAGCCAGGGAGACCCUCCAGACAUAGCACUGAAACCGUACGUCUAUUUAUUGUGUUUUUAUUUAUUUAUCAGUGGCAGGGUUCACUAUAAAUAUUUUUUAUCGCCUUUUAUAAGAUCUAAUUAUCGGAAGCAGUGCCUUCCAUAAUAAUGACAGUUAUACUGUUGAAAUGACAAAAGCAGCAUCUGCUUACGGAAGUGUGCGCCGACCCCGACGGCCCGUACCGAUCGCCGCACUCUGAACUGACCCCGGAGUGGCGUUUGGCUCACACCUGACCAGCACCUCCGAGCGUCCGGGCGGUACCGGCUCCUUGGUUUCGCGCACACUUCCCAUCCUGACAGCAUUAUCGGGAGCAGCGUCUUCCAUAAUACGAGACAAAAGAAGGUAGUUUUUGCCUACCAGUGUGUGUCCGUAUCGGAGGCAGUGCCCUCCAUAUUUCACUGUAGGGGGAAAGUUUGUUUUUUUUAUUAUCGGGAACAGUGUUUCUCAUAAUUUGUAUAUACAGAACAUAGCUUUUUAGAUGCCACUCGCAUCUUUGUCUUUGUGUGAACCUUCCAAGUAUCUUUUUUUUUUUUUUUUAGUUUGUGAUCUAAAUUUCUUAAAUUUAGAGAAGCUGGUUUAAAUCAUUGUUUGUCUGAAACUGCUAAUUCAGGUUGUUCAAAAAUCGUUUUACAAAUGUCCCCCCCCCCCCCCCAUAUCAUCAUUCAACAUUUCCAUAAAAUAAUCUUUUUGUUGUUGUUUUUGGAUUCCAUCAGUUUUAAAGAUACAAUGACUAUUUCUAGUUUAUGAUCUCUUUGUGCCUUUUUAGAGCUGUGUUUCCUCAUUCAACAGACACAUUUUGGCUUGCAUGAUGUUUUUUCUUUGUUUGAUGUCAUCUGUAAUCGACAGUUACUGGUCUAAAAACUUGUUGACCUACUGGGAUUUCACAGUUGCUGGAUUUCAAUUGGGUUUCUCUGAACUUCUAGAUAAAAACUGAUAACUUUGUACAAAUAAAUUAAAAUUGGCUUCUUAAUUGUACUUAAAAAGAUUAAUCUAAUCAGGCACCUCUUAUGAAUAUCAGUGAAAUUGUGUGGACUUGUAUGUUUGCUAAGCUUUUGAAAAUAAGACUUGUUAGAAAUGUGGGAUUAGUUCAUUUUAUUUUGUUUUGUUCCUGGCAAUUUUUUUUAAAGGAACCUGGCCUUGACAUGUCAUUGCAAUAAAACAGCCACAUCCCGACCUC